AUGGGUGGCAAGAAUCCAAUAGCUGGCUGUUUUCUUCUUGUAGGAACUGGACCUGGCCUGCAUGAGUUGAUGAAAGCUAAAGGGGCAAAUUUGCUCGUUCCACGGUCGUUCUCUGUGUGGCUGCUGGAAAUCGUGUCGAACGAGGCUCUCACACCCGCGCCAAAGAAGCUUGGGGACAUAUUUAAUUCUGAACUUCCAGAGGAAACUAUCCAUGCUUUUGUCAAGCCACCACAGCAAGGCCGAGAUCAGCUAAUGGAGGCAAUUAAUGCGGCAGGACUUACCCAAAAGGGUUUAAUAAACGGCGCCCCACGUCUCCGUGCCCUUAUGAGUAAAGAGCUGGUUUCAAUACUUAAAAAUGUUGGCAUCAUGGUGAGAGAGGAAGACCACUACUAUUCAAUACCCCAAAUGGCCACCUCUCUCCAAAACGCAUCAUUUCAAGAAAUCGACGUGAUAUCCAGCCCUUUGGGGAUAAGAUUUCCUAUGCUCAAGAUGCCAGAUUUGUACGUAAGAUCAGCUUUCAAAGAACUCUACGAUGAGAACAUCAAGAAGUUUGGUGUAGACAGAGAUAUAAAGGCCGAAGACCCCCAAAUGGUUCUCACAAGGACAGUCGUCAACAGCCCACCAGCACCAAGGCUCUUGACUGCCAGGACUAUCUUUUCAGUGUCUCCAAAAACUUUUAAUUCUGACAACAAUCUGUAUCAAGAAAUCGAGGAGGAAGUCCCAUGGAAAUACUACAUGGCACCGUGGGAUCUAGAUGAGCUGAAAUAAUGCAGAGACAAGGUUGAAACCUUUCAUAAGGUCCCGGAAGAUCUUAUGGAACUCCUGUAUGAGAUGAUUGGUGGACUCCCCAGAGGAUCGUUGUAAAAAUGAAGCGAGAGCAAAAGCAGAAAGCAGUGCACUUGAGCGCGUUAAUGAAGCCCUUGACAAGCUCAUGAACCCAUUGAAGAUACUUCAAAACUUUGAACAAAAUAAGGGUUCACUAUAUUACAUCAGCUGUCUUCUUCACCAUUAUCCGACAGAAGAUAAUCGCUGCUUUAAGGCUAGGAACUUUGAUGACAAUACUGAAAUAACCAUCGAUAUCGAAGCUAGCCUGAAGGUUGAAUGGUUCAAUACUCUUGGGUGUUACAAGGACAAGAAACAAGGGUCGCUAUGGAUCCCAAAUAGUAAGACCUUUGCCUGUGUGGAAAUGUUAAUUGCUCCGAACUAUCACCUUCAAGUUACGACGAACAAGGAUCAUCAAUACCGUAAAUUAGACAAAU